CAUUUGCGGGAAAUUGAAGUUUUUAUUCUUCUUAUUUUAUGUAUUUUCAUGAUUUUACCGCAAAAAGCUGAGGAAAACCUACAUUAUAUACAUGCUGCACCGCUGAUGCUGUCAGUAACAGUCCUGUGCUGGUCCAGAUUUUAAAGAAUGGCGGGUGGUGAAGAUAAUCUCGUGCUUCAGCAGCGCCUCCGGGCUGCAGUUUUCUACACAGUUGGGAGAAUUUGUGAAGAACAUUCAACAAGGAUGAACACCACCUUCACCAAAUCAUUCAUAGCGACUGUAGCGGAGACAACAUUUAGACAACUUCAGUCAAUGAGUCUUGACCUGGAGGCUUUUGCAAAGCACGCAAAGAGAUCAACCAUCCAGCCUGAUGAUGUCUUGUUAUUGGUGAGGAAAAGUCAGAGAUUGUAUGAGCAUAUGAAAGAUAUAAGCGACGGUCAGGCGGCAGAGAAGAAAGAGCGGAAGAAAACAACUGGAAAGGGGAAACCAGGAAAAAAAUCAAAGGUCGUGGUAGUGGAAGAUGAUAUGGAUUUUGCUUGAAAAUUUCCAACCAAGACGAAAAUAGGAGAGUCACUUAUAUAAUAAAACGUGGACAGUUUAUAUCAAAAUAUCAAUUGC